CUUCAUGAGACUCGGGAGUGGCUGUGCUGUGGUUGACCCCAGGCGGCAUCUUAUAGCUGCGCAAGCUGCGCGUUCGACGCGCUGCGCAUUCGGUGACGAGAAUGAAUUCAAGAACACAUAGGUAGGACAAUGGGUGUGUAAACGAAACUGGGGAAUCACUUCUUGGAACACGUACUAGAUUUGUUAGAUCGGGUCAAGUAAGAUGUCGAGCCGGACCAGACCUGGCUACUGUCGCCAGGACGUGAACAAAACCACCUGGGAGGUACCGGAGCGGUACAGGGAUCUAAAACAGGUGGGGACAGGGGCGUACGGUACAGUCUGCUCUGCGGUGGACUUCAGGACAGGCACCAAGGUGGCCAUCAAGAAGCUCCACAGGCCCUUCCAGUCUGAGCUCUUUGCUAAGAGGGCCUAUCGGGAGCUGAGGCUGCUCAAACACAUGAAACAUGAAAAUGUGAUUGGCCUUGUGGAUGUAUUCACUGCUGACCUCUCCUUAGACAGAUUCCAUGAUUUCUAUCUGGUGAUGCCUUUCAUGGGAACCGAUCUGGGGAAGUUGAUGAAGUUACAGCAGCUCUCAGAGGACAAAGUACAGUUCCUGGUCUAUCAGAUGCUGAAAGGACUCAAGUAUAUCCAUUCUGCUGGCAUAAUUCAUAGGGACCUCAAACCAGGGAAUCUGGCCGUUAAUCAGGAAUGUGAGCUCAAGAUCCUGGACUUUGGGUUGGCGCGGCAGGCGGACAGUGAGAUGACAGGCUACGUGGUGACCCGCUGGUACAGAGCCCCUGAGGUUAUCCUCAGCUGGAUGCACUACACCCAGACUGUGGACAUCUGGUCUGUGGGCUGCAUCAUGGCAGAGAUGCUGUCAGGGAAACCACUGUUCAAAGGCAAUGACCACCUGGAUCAGCUGACUGAGAUCAUGAAGGUCACAGGGACACCCACUCAGGAGUUCAUCACCAAACUGCAGUCUCAGGAUGCUAAAAACUAUGUCAAAAGCCUUCCCAAAGUGCAAAAAAAAGACCUUCAGGCACUCUUUUCCACAGUCAACCCACAGGCGGUGACAGUUAUAGAGCGCAUGCUGCUGCUGGACCCAGAGAGCAGGGUGACGGCAGCAGCAGCCCUCGCCCUGCCAUACUUCUCAGAGUUCAGGGAGCCAGAAGAGGAGACCGAGGCCCAGCCAUACGACCACUCUGUAGACAACUCUGACCUGCCUCUGGAGCAGUGGAAACGUCACACGUUCACAGAGAUCCUGUCUUUCCAGCCCAUAGUGGUAGAGUCCAGGGAAACCGCACUGUAAGAUGAAGCGUCACACAAGGGAAAACAACCCCCCCCCCCCCCACCAUUUUUACAAGUGUGUCAUCCUCUGUUCAAUCAUCAUUCUCAGUCCAUUGUGUGUGUGUGUGUGUGUGGGGGGGGGGGGGGGGGGGGGGGGGGAAGAGUCCUCCUCUUGUGUGUAGUUUUUCAGCCAUUUUCACACCAAUGUGUUGUUACCUCCUGUAUAAAGCCCAUAUUCAACUGAAAUUCUAGGAUGUUUCCUUGUGUGUGUGUGUGUGUACCUGUGUAGUCUAAACAUUUGUCUGUAACCACUACUGAUCUUUCCUAAACCUUG